AUGAACCUCGCCAGUAUCCAGAAGCUCAUCCAGUUCAACAAGAAAACCAAGAUCGUCUCCCGCCCAACUAUCCUCGACUACGCAGGAUGGUCCAAAGAGAACACUGCACCGCCGGAUGCCGACUCAAUCUCCCGAAUGUUCCGGACAGAAGGUGUGCAGCUCACCACCUUGGCCUGCAAAGAGGCUAUGCGAGAAGCUUGCCUUGAGCCCAGCGACAUAACGCACACGGUAGCAGUGACUUGCACUGAUCAGAGCAACCCCGGCUAUGAUCUCUUUGUAUGCCAGGAGCUUGGACUUGGCCCAAACGUGCAACGAGUGCUACUUCAUGGCGUGGGGUGUGCAGGUGGUCUAUCAGCGCUUCGGGCAGCUGCUAGCAUCGCCGCUGCCGCAUCACAAAGAGGACGACCUGCCCGCGUCCUGGUGAUGGCGUGUGAGAUAUGCAGUCUCUCUAUUCAGGCAGAGGUCCAAGCGGCCCGUGAAGACGGUAAGCUACACGUAGCUCCAGCGCUAUUCUCCGAUGGCGCAGCGGCGCUAGCAGUAUGCAACGGUCUUGCCCUGGAAGACAAGCAAAAGCCAGUGUUCGAGCUACAAGAUUGGGACAGUGUAGUUGUGCCGGGCACUUCGAGCUACAUCUCGUACGAUAUCGAGAAGCAUGGCACAGCCAUCGACGCCAUCUUGCCCUUGUUCGAUCGACUGCGUACCGCCCUCAAUACUACUCACGCCGCUGCAUUGGCGACUCGCAAUCCUGCUUCGAACUUCGAUUGGGCUAUUCAUCCUGGCGGCGCGACCAUCCUACAGGGGGCCAAGCAAGCUCUGCAACUCAACGACGACCACAUCCGAGCCUCACUCGACGUGUACCAUAACUAUGGGAACUCUUCCAGCCCAACCGUGCUCAUCGUGUUGGACAAACUUCGCCGAAUGGGAGAAGGAAGAGAGAACAUUGUUGCGACCAGCUUUGGACCGGGGCGCACAUACGAAGAUGUAUACUCUAUGGCUUUCUCUACACUCACGGUUGUCAAAGAGGUGGACCCAGGUACAGCCGAGGGCCAUGAAAGGUAUCAAGAGAAGGACGAGCGGCGGUAUAGCGAGAACGCUGAAGCAGUUCCACGAGUUCUGAGUGAUGAUGAUGUCAGAGAACCCGAUGAUCAGCUGGCGACACCAUCAUCUGCAUCCUUCCAAGACCGACUGAAGAAGUUCCAAUACACCGAAACGCAGACGGACCAGCGUACAGGACUAACAUCCAGAUCGCCGAUAGAACCUAGAAAGCGCAGUAGGACUACUGUGACGGCGGUCGCAAAGAUCGCACCGGAACCUUCCCCACGACCGAAAAAGAAGAGGAAACCCAGCAAAUAUGCUGAUCCAUCCAAAUACGCGCAUCUAUCGCCGCUGGUCGACAUACUAGAGCCUAAUCUGAUCUGUAUCUUUGUUGGCACGAAUCCAGGUGUUCAGACGGCCGCUGCAGGGCAUGCUUAUGCCCAUCCCUCGAACCUUUUCUGGAAGCUGCUCCACUCCUCAGGACUUACCGACCGUCGACUGAAGCCUGAGGAAGAUCGGAGUCUCCCUGCUCUUUAUUGCAUGGGUAAUACCAACAUCGUCGAGAGACCCUCCAAAGACGCUGCCGAGCUCUCGAAAGAGGAGACUGCUGCUGGUACGGCACAGCUGGAUGCCAAGUUCCUCAAAUACAAGCCAGAGGCUGUGUGCAUAGUAGGCAAGGGGAUCUGGGAAGCCAUCUGGCGGUAUCGCUAUGGCAAGAACAUGGGCAAGAAAGAUUUCAAGUACGGGUGGCAGGACGAGGAGCACAACAUGGGUAAAAGCGAGGAUGGCCAGGAAGAGCAGGAUGUCGAUGGCAAUGUAUGGAACGGGUCCAGGGUCUUUGUUACUACGAGUACGAGCGGUCUAGCGGCAAGUCUGAAGCCGGCCGAGAAAGAGGCCAUCUGGAAACCCUUCGGCGAGUGGGUGCAGAAGCGAAGAGCCGAACGGGGCUUUGUGCCUCGGCCAGCGGAAGCAUAG